GUGACAAAGUCUCUGUCUUUUGUUGGUUGGUGGGUUUUUUGAGGUUCAUGGGGUUUGAAAUGAAACAAGAGAAAGACGUUUUGGGAUUGAUCCCGAGUAAGAAUCAAGGUAAGGCUAGCAGCUCUAACCCUAGUUCUGUUAAGUCGCCUCAUAAUUAAAUCAAGAAGAAGAAUAACAAUAAUAAGAAGAAGAAGAUGGUGAUGGCAUGGCGCCGUAAGAAGGCUGAUUCUCCGGCGGAAGGGAUAACUGCGGUUCGGCGGCUGUUGCUUACUUGUAAGGAAGUGUUCUCCACUGGCGGUCCUGGAGUUGUUCCGUCUGAAGAUAAAAUUCAACAGCUACGAGGAGUUCUUGACAAUAUGAAACCAGAGGAUGUCGGAUUAGCUCCGACCAUGCCGUUUUUCCGACCAAUCCCCGGACCGAGAAAUAGGUCUUCACCACGGAUAACGUACCUGCCUCUACACGAGUGUGAACAAUUUUCGAUUGAGAUUUUCUGUUUGCCGCCUUCUGGUGUCAUUCCUCUUCAUAACCAUCCAGGGAUGACAGUUUUUAGCAAGCUUCUCUUUGGUACAAUGCACAUCAAGUCGUAUGAUUGGGUGGUUGAUGCUCCAUUCGCAGUGAGAGAUCCGAAAACGCGGCUGGCAAAAUUGAAGAUGGACUCAACGUUAACCGCACCAUGCAACGCCUCCAUCUUGUACCCCGAAGAUGGCGGGAACAUGCAUCGGUUCACAGCGGAAACAGCGUGUGCGGUUCUAGAUGUGCUUGGCCCUCCUUACAGCAAUCCAGAAGGCAGGCAUUGCACUUAUUUCCUAGAAUUCCCUUUGGAUAAGUUCUCAUCAGAGGAAGACGACGUUUUGAGAGGUCAAGUGGAGAGAGAAUGUCAUGCCUGGCUGCAAGAAAGAGAUGAUAAUCCAGAGGAUCGUAACGUAGUUGGAGCGUUAUACGGAGGUCCAAAGGUUGAGGACUGAGGG